UCCACGUCAACAUUUUUGGCGGCCAUCUUGAAUGAGUGGACAAACUCAGCAGAGACCAUCUAAAGAAAUUGUAACAUGGGGGCAGGCCAAUCUGCAGAAAUCCCAGGCGGUGGAUCCGAAGGAUAUCAUGUAUUAAGGGUUCAAGAAAAUUCUCCCGGAUAUAAAGCAGGAUUGGAGCCUUUCUUUGAUUUUAUAAUCUCGAUAGAAAAUACACGACUGGAUCAAGAUAAUGAAACAUUGAAGGAAAUCCUCAAGUCUAAUGCAGAAAAACCUGUAAAGAUGCUUGUUUUUAGUAGCAAAACAUGCAAAGUUAGAGAGGUUAGCAUCACUCCAAGCAGUAUGUGGGGUGGACAAGGUCUCCUAGGUGUUAGUAUUCGUUUUUGUUCCUUUGAAGGAGCUAAUGAAAAUGUAUGGCAUGUUUUGGAAGUUCAACCAAACUCGCCUGCUGAUAUCGCUGGAUUGCGUUCAAAUACAGACUACAUCAUUGGAGCUGAUUCAGUUCUACAUGAGUCUGAAGACCUGUUCCAACUUAUAGAAUCUCAUGAAGGGAAACUACUUAAGUUGUACGUCUACAAUUCUGAAACAGAUGGUUGUAGAGAGAUAACCAUCACACCAAACCAAAAUUGGGGUGGUGAGGGAAGUAUGGGUUGUGGCAUAGGAUACGGCUAUCUUCACAGAAUACCUAUCAAAGAUCCUCCUGAUAUGACCCUACAAGCUAAAUCAUCAUCUCCUGCUCCUGAUGGCUUCUCUGAUGUUCCUCUCAGUGGGCCCACUUCUGUGCCUCUUGUUGCAGCUUCAACAUCAACAGUUUCACCAAUACAAACAGCAGGUUUGGAGUCAGGAAUGACUUCCUUGAAUCUCAACACAACUGCAGCAUCGCCAGCCAUAAACCCAUUCAGCCCAAGUUUUCCAACCACAUCCCCUGUUCCAGCUGCUACAUAUCCAGUAGCUACUCCUUUGGUAGCACCUGGAGGUGCCCCACCGACAGUUCCCUCAUUCUCGCCCCAAGUUCAGGGUACACCAGUGAUAGGGGGCAUGACCCCACCUCUCCUCUCAGUGGCCCCAAUGAAUACGCCGGCUGCCUCAGCAACACCAGCUGGAAGUUCUGCAGUCACUGUGACGGCCACAGCAACACCACUUAUGACCGACAUCACUGCAGGAGCAAUGCCUGCCCCCUUAAUACCCACGACAAGUCCAUCAUUGCCAAGUGAUGAUGUCUCCGCAGCUUUUCAACCGACACCACCACCGUCCCAACCAAUUGCUACAUCAUAAAGCAUAAUACCUCAGGAGUAAUAACAGACAAUAGAUACACUAGAAAUAAGAUUAUAUUAUCAUACAACAGUGUAUGUGCAAACCAAGAGGGACACAAGUUAAGAAAAAAGUUCAAAAAAUUCUUGUGGAUAUUGCAUGGCUUUGCAGUGUUAUUGCAGUCUAACCUUCUAAGAUAAAACUUGUGUCUAAAUCUUACUUAUUUAGCUUUAAAUGUUGAAGGCCUGUUUCCAGGUAAUGACUUACUGUCAUUUAACAGCUCAAUGACAAAUUUGUUAUCUCUUAACUGGU